AUGUGCGCGGCGUGUGUGGGCGCGGGCCGCGGCCGUGCCCGCGCGCCUCGCCCGCUCAUUUGCAAACCGUCUCCGGAGAUAACGUCCUCCGCCCCCGCCGCCCGCCGCCCGCGCCCCACCGCCCCGCGUCUCCUCUUUUUAAUCGAUUUUCCCGACACAAGGGGCAGCAACCCCAACCCGGUUCAGCCGCAGCCGCAGGGCCUCAUAGUGGAGACGGGCAGCGGCGCCAGCGUGCUCCAGCUGCCGGCCACCACCCUGGAGCAGAUCCGGCACAUCGCCGCGGACCCCGGCGCCUCCACGCUGCGCCUGCCGCCGCCCGCCAGCGAGCCGCCGGCGGGCGCGCGCGAGCUUGACUUCGACCUGUGCUACGUGUGCAAGCACUGCAAGGUGGCGUUCCCGUCGCCGGCGCCGCUGCACGCCCACCAGGCGCGCUCCUGCUACGCGGGCAGGGAGGGCGCGCGUGGCCUCAUCCGCGUGGUGCAGCCGGCGCUCGAGUGCCGCACCUGCGCCGGAGAGCGGUUCCGCACCGCCGCCGAGUUCCGCCGGCACGCCGAGGGGGAGGCGCACGCGCGCCGCCUUCCGCCCCCCGCUCCCCCCCAGCCGGAGCCCCUCACCCACGAGAUGGAGGACGUCGUCAACCAGAUCACCCUGCUGGCGGCGCGCGCCGCGCAGGACUCCACCGCGCCCAAGGACCCCAACGUGAACUUCUGCGCGCCGGGCCCCCGCUUCCCGCCCCCCGGCGAGAUGCCACUGGCGAGCGCCGGCCAC